CAGCUCUCUCACGCACGCAGAUGAGGAGCUGCGCAUUGAGCGGAUUGCGGCAAUUAAGACGAAAGAGAUACCUCUUAGGCUAGAAGGUGCGAGCUCCAUCAUCAUCCCCAUCCUCCUGAAAUGCGUCACUGCAUCCCUGCACUAAACGCCAGGUGAGCGCAUGCGCGGUCCGGCUUCCCCGCGUUGAUCCAUCACCCCUCCCCACACACCUCGGCAAACUCCCCCAUCGCGAAGGCUCCAGCGGGCCGGAUGACGCCCCCGAGCUCCGCGUCGUGCCCGGGUGUCAACGGCACGUGCGCGGAGCAGCUGAGCGCGGCCUUCCCGCCGCUGUCGUCCACGCUGGCUCUCCUGGUGCUGGUGGCCGCGCUGGCGGGCGUCGUCAUCGUCUCCGUGGCCACCUUCCACUUCCACAAAAGGAGGCUGAAGAAGCGGAAGAUCCAGAAGGCGCAGGAGGAGUACGAGCGCGAUAGUCGCAAGGCGGCGGCAGCGGCGGCGGGAGGAACCGCCAGGCCGUGCGUCAUUGCGCGCCCGGUGCGCUGCGCCGCCGACCGGGAGGGCGACGGAGAAGCCCCCGCCGACUGCUAAACCUCAGGGAACGAGACUGUGGAAUAAACAGGAAAAAGCAAUAAGGCACAAAGAACUCUCAUCCAUCUCUGCUGCUGCUUGUAGAUGACCCUCACACAGAAUACAGUACUGAGCAUGCAUAGUGAUUCCCAACGUCUUAACAUACAAUUCAUUUCUCUGAGUUAAUUGGAUUCAAGUUUAAAUCUCGGAUCAUCUUUUGUCAUUACCGUAAUUUUCUGUCUAUAAGCCGCUACUUGCAGUCCAGUGCGGCUUAUUUGUUGAUUUUUUUUUUUAGGUUAAUAGGUAACACUUUAUCUGACAGCAACGUCAGAAGACUGUCAUAAGACCAUCAGAAUUAUGACAUGAUACUCUCAUGGGCAUUAAAUGAAUGCUUAUGACAGAUGUCAUUAAGUGUUAUCCAGCAUAUUUUGUCACUAACUCCAUUUAUGUCCAGCUCGGAUCUUUUACAUCCAUUCAAAAGUGACAUAAUUUGCUGUUAAACAAAGUGUUACCGAUUAAUAUAUUUUGGUGUAAAUAUCCCAUAAUACAGUAUGGACAGCUGCAGCUUAUGGUGCUGUGUGGCUUAUCAAUGAACAGAUGCUGUUUUCGUGUCAAAUUUGGUGGGUGGCGGCUUAUAAUCAGGUGCGCCUUAUAGUCCGAAAAUUACGUUAAUCUGUAACAGAUUUCCCCUGAAACACUUCAUUUCAGAGAGGCUUGUGCCACUGACGAUACUAGACGUCCAAUCCAUUUUGACUGGGACCAUGCAGUCUAAGUGGAUUUGACGACUCGUCAAUGGCAAUGGCCGUCAAUGGCGGCCAAUGUCAUUUUACAUUUUACAGCAAGAACCACCUCAAAGAAUACACGGAUUCAAAUUAAUCAUUGAUCAAAAUUAACUGACGUUCAUUGCCAAACUAAAACAGCUGCUUUUUUAUCAUUAGUUAAGUGGUUUUCAAACUGUGGGUCCCAGCGUCAUGACUGGAGGGGCAAGGAGCUACCAUGAACUUUAUUAUUAAUUUAUACCAGCAGAUGGAGUUAAUUUUACUACUAAACAUCUUAAUAACACCAUCAAAAGAGGGCUGUUUAAAAAAAUAAAAAUAAAACAAAAAAACAAUGUUUGGCCGCUGGCAUGGACAAAGUUAAGUGAUUAUUGAAGUUGUUGUUUGUUACGUUUUUGUUGAUCACGAGAGGAAUGUUUGUAAUUUAAUUUCAUCUCCAAAAGGAGGCCCUGCAAAAACAGUUUGGGAACUACUGUUAGUGUAGCAGACCAAAAUGUUCUGGAAAUGAAACAUUCAAUGUGAAUCUUAAACUGAAAACUAAAGGCGCACUCUGAGAGCAGACUGCUGCCUAAGCAGCCAAAUUCAAAGCAUUGCCAUAUUUUUGACCUCUAUGACCUUUGAAUCUUUCGCUUUUCAUCAUAUCAACUAUCCUUCAAGUUAGUUAUAUAGGCUAAUCAGGUAUCAUGUUACAGCGAAUUUCCUUUCCUGACCUUUGUGACCUCUGACCUCAUAAGCCUAAAAUUUAAUCUCUUCCGUUUCAUAUUAUAAACAUAUCCAGCCAUAGACUUCAUAACGAUAUUGACGGGUCACGGGGCCGAUUAAUAGGGGGCCUGCAUUGUUGGCGUGGCCGUCAAAGCUGACCAAGUGGAAUCACAGACAAAGAGCUUUUUCGUUGAAAAUCUUGUGAAUAAAUGCUUAAAUCCCUGAAUUCUUUAUAGAUAUGGAGGCAAAACAGUUUUGAUUCUUAGUUAAAAGCAAAAAAACGUGCAUUAAGCAAUUAUUUUACAUAUUACAGUGGGGAGAACAAGUAUUUGAUACACUGCCAAUGGGAACAAGUAUUUGAUACACUGCCAAUGGGAUUUCCCAUUGGCAGUGUAUCAAAUACUUGUUCUCCCCACUGUAUGUUGAAGUACGAUGCCAGCCUGUUGGUCAACGUGGCGGCCGCCAUAUGUAGACAGAGCUUUUCCAGUGAAACUUCUUGUAAAUAAAUGCUUAAAUCCCUGAAUUCUUUAUAGAUAUGGACGUAAAACAGUCUUGAUUCUUGGUCAAGAGCACAAAAAUAAAACGUGCAGUUAGCAUUUAUUUUACGAAAAUAUGUCGAAGUGCAAUGCUAGUCUGUUAGUCAAUAUGGCAGCCGCCUUAAGUAAACAGAGCUGUUUCGGUGAAAAUUCUUGUGAAUAAAUGCUUAAAUCCCUGAAUUCUUUAUAGAUAUGGACGUAAAACAUUCGUUUCUGGGUCAAGAGCACAAAAAUAAAAUGUGCAGUUAGCAUUUAUUUUACGAAAAUAUGUCGAAGUGCGAUGCUAGUCUGUUAGUCAAUCUGGCAGCCGCCUUAUGUAAACAGAGCUGUUUCGGUGAAAAUUAUUGUGAAUAAAUGCUUAAAUCCCUGAAUUCUUUAUAGAUAUGGCCGUAAAACAUUAGAUUCUUGGUCAAAAGCACACACACACACACAAAAAAAGGAACGUGCAGUUAGCAUUUAUUUUACGUAAAUAUGUCGAAGUACGAUGCUAGCCUGUUGGUCAAUGUGGCGGCCGCUAUCUGUAAACAGAGCUUUUCCAGUGAAAAUUCUUGUGAAUAAAUGCUUAAAUCCCUGAAUUCUUUCUAGAUAUGUACGUAAACAGUCUCGAUUCUUGGUUAAAAGUAAGAAGAAGAAAAAAAAAAAAAAAAGUGCAGUUAGCAUUUAUUUUACGUAAAUAUGUCAAAGAAUGACGGUAGUCAGACAAUGUGGCAGCAGCCUUACAACAAAGAGCUUUUUACGUUGAAAAUUGUGAAAAACGAAAAAUAUAAUAAUUACCUUGAAUCCUCGAUCAAAUCACUCCUGAGAAAAUCCUUCCUGUUUGUAUGUGGUACAGUUUUCGUACUUUUUCAACAUAAAUCCGGCGUUUGAUCGCUGCAUGUGUUGCUGCGACCUACUGCGAAUAACUGAAGCGGAUUGUGACUUGAAGUGGUGCAGUGAAGGUUGAAUCUGACCUGUCAAUAUCAUUAUGAAGUCUAUGAGGUUUCAUCUACUGGGGAGGUAACAACUAAUAAAUGCUGUGGAUUUUUAAAAAAUAAAUUCAUUUGAACAUUUAGUUCAGUUAAUCUUUCACGUAUGAGUAGAGGGAGCCUACGUCCCACUGGUGGUACUCCUACCACACUUUGAGAACCACUGGCUUAAUGAUUAUAUAUUUCCCUUUAUCUCAGGCACAAAAAUGAAUUGCUUCGUAUCUCAAAAAACCUCCCAUUUCAAAGCACCAUUGUAUUUUACAUGAGAAAAAAUUUCACGUUUCUUUCAACACAUUAGCUGGGAAUCACUGCACUAGAGCAGGGGUGUCCGAAAUUCAUCUAGGGGCGUCCUUUUUUUUUCAUUUUUGGGCGCUCAGAAACAUAACAACCAUAUUGUACCAGGGGAACACAAUGCGGAACUCGAAAUUGCAUUAUGUGUAAAAUUGUAUAGUCAACUCCCACUUUCCAUUAUUCAGUGAAAACCUCACCUGUCACUGUUUUGUGCUCAGGGAAAAGAAUUCAACUUACAUAAGUCAGAUAAAAGUCGUGGUUUGACUUCAUUUUGUUGUCAGGGAACUAUGACGAAGUGAAUUGAGGCGCUUCAUUUAGACAAGUAGGGUAAGUAUUCUGCCUUCAUUUGGCAUUUCUUGACAACCUUAUCACGGAUUCAGCGUCCUGCUUUAAGGCAGCGGUGUUUCACUGUCUAUUUUUGUACAUACAAGAAGCAUAAAUGUGCCGUAAUGAUGAAAAUUUAAACAGAACAUCACAAAACAGGAUGAAGGGAAAAGAGGGGGAAAACCCUGCAGAAGCAUUUGCUUUGUCACCUUGAACAUGAGCCGAAACAUCGUCCGAUUCAACCUUUUAACAAACAUCGGAUUGGUUUUAGCCUAAGCGCAAAAGGAUUUCCAGAUUUGUGCGUGACCCCUCGGUGGAACCCCCUUUUCAUUCCCGGACACGCCUGCUCUAAGGUGCCUCGCUCGGAACAUUCUCUUGCUCUGCCUCUCGCCUAGGAAGCUUCUUUAAACUCUGGAGACGUUUAAAUUUUAACCGGUCUUCGGGAUGUGACACACGAUUGUGUUGAAUUAUUCACACGUGGUGACACAACACACACGCGCGCACACAUGUCGUAAUGGCUUAGCAGAUAUUCCUUGGCAUGUCCUCUGACACCCUAGCAUUAUGUAGUUAGACUCUUAAUGGAUGUUGUGGUGCUGUUAGGCAGCGCAAACGCUGCACAUAUAGACACGUAGGCUUCUUCAUUUGGUCAUUGUAGUAUUACUUCCUUCCUUUCUUCCCUUGAUGAAGUGACUUGAAGUGCUCCAAUGUCUCUUUUAGACAUCUUAGCUCUAGUUAUGCAAGACUUUUUGGCUGUAGUAAUGCACAUGAGAUUUGUUUUUCUUCUUCCGUGUCAGAUAGUAGCUAACGUUUAAGUGCUAAUAUUUGGACACUUUAUAUAAAGAUUGUGAUCUAUGAGAAUCUAUCCUUCCCUCCAGCGGCUCAUUUUCUUUCUUUGUGAACUCUGUAGUAACAUUAGAGUGGGCCUAAACAUACAUUCUAUCAGUUCACUGUACAUGUAUGGCAUAAUGAGGAAUGUUUUCUGUAAUCUGCCUUAUACAAGGAACAUACUGUAUGUAGUAUUUAGCGUUUAUAAAUAAAUAUUGGGGGGGUAAACGGGUGUUUUAAUCUGCGUGGUUUCAAUUGUCCAAAUUCUUUCCAAUCGAUCGGAUUCGCCAUUGAAGGCGAUGGAUGUCCAAUCAUUUGAACUGGGAAUGCUGGCCGUAAAUGAACCAAUGUUGGAAAAAGCUGAGAACUUGGAAGUAGACCGACUGGCCUAGUUUUUAA